UGUUUAAAACACACACUCUUCUGUUUCUCUUCUUCCGUUGGAAAAUGUCCCAAAGGAAACAAGAACGAGGAACGAUCCUGCGACGUAGGACGAAGCACGAUGAUGAUCUCCCAGACGAAAUCGUGUUGGACAUUUUAUCAAAGCUACCUGUGAAAUCUCUCCUAAGAUUCAGGUGCGUUUGCAAACCCUGGUACUCUUACAUAGCCAACCCCAGUUUCAUCAUCAAUCAUCAGCAAUCUCUUCCGUUAGAAAUGUCCCAAAGGAAAGAAGCACGACCCCCGAUGAUCCUCCGACGUAGGACGAAGCAUGAUCUCCCAGAAGAAAUCGUAUUGGAAAUCCUAGCAAGACUACCCGUCAAAUCCCUAUUAAGAUUCAGGUGCGUUUGCAAAACCUGGUACUCUUACAUCACCAGCCCCAAUUUCAUCUCCACCCACUUGCUGUGCUACAACAAUCAUGAUGGUGGUUAUGUCAUACACAUUCACAGUCAAAUCUGUACGCUCGCUUCCGACCGCACGUUUGAAACCAUAUCCGAGGUUAGAUUUCCCUUCACUUUUCAAUCUAAGUAUUCCGAUUUGGUGGGUUCUUGUAAUGGCAUAUUAUGUAUCACUGAUUUUGUCACAUCAAAGUCUAAAGAUGUAUACUUGUGGAACCCCAGUAUUAGAAAAUUUAAGAGGUUGCCCCUUACUUGCUUGAACCAGACCCAGGUGCUUAAUGCGGCACACGGAUUUGGGUAUGAUUCCCUGAAUAAUGACUACAAGGUUGUCAGGAUUUCAUGGAAUCGUACCAAAUGGAUACCUCCCCCUGAGGUUGAGGUGUACUCGUUAAGUUCGGAUUCAUGGAAAAGAGUUGUACUUGAAAUCUCCUGGAGACCCAAUGUUAUUUCCUACGGUUUAAAUGGUAUUUUGGCAUUCCCAUUUGUUAGUGGACAUUUGCAUUGGAUGAUAGAAAUGAUAGAAGAAGGAGGUGGGCAAGAGAGGCGUUGUACUUCUAUGAUUUUGUCAUUUGAUGUCAAUAGUGAGAAAUUCAAAGAGCUACCAGUGCCCGAUGAAGGAGGUUGUAUUGCGAAAUGUCUUACGUCAUACAAGGAAAAACUUGCUUUGGUUAAAUUUGGACAUGGUGCACAACCAUUUAGCAGGCUAUGCUCCAUAUGGGUGAUGAGGGAGUACAGUGUGCUUGAUUCCUGGAAUAAACUUCAUAUUCUCUCAAUUGAAAGUCUUACUAAUUUCGUUGGUUUCACCAACUAUGGUUUACUUCUAGUUCAAACAAGGUCUCGGCUGUUCUUUAGCAACAGUGAAUUAAAGAGGAAACAUAAGUCUGUUUUAAUUGACCCUGAAACUCUACAUGAGAAGGAGAUUCAAGUUGAUUAUCGUUUAGAUGUAGCUGCUUACAUGGAAAACCUUGCUUUACUUGAUGGAGCAAAUGUGCUAUCUUACUGAGAAGAUGAUGCUAUGUGUAUAACAACUGAUGUCAUCACAGUUUGUAGCUACGCCCUAUGUGUGUCUUCGUGGAAACAUAAUUGGAAUGAAUGUAAGAGGUUUUCUAAACUUAUCAAGUUUGAGGUGGGUUUUUUUUUUUGGUAAUUGCUUUUGGCUUGAUCCAUGGUGUGGGGAGGUCAUCCUUAAGGGGACCUUUCUGGCACCAUUUCGAAUUGCCCUAAAUAAGGACAUUUAUAUAAUGGAGCUAUCAUUGGGAUGUUUUCUUUACCAGAUCAGUCCAUGAUUGAGAGAUGGAGAUUUUACAAUAUUUUCUUGGCCUUCUUUAUUCCCAUAAAAUUGGUAGUGCUAGGAAUGACUAGAUUUGUUGGAUUCCUGCUAGGAGUAGUAUUUUUGAAGUUAAGUCCUACUAUAAGGCCCUCACUAACAAAAACCUUCAUAUAGCUUCAAAUGAGAAUCUGCAUUAUUUUUUCAAACUUGAAAAAGAAAAAAAAAAAAUGUGAGUUGCUAAAAUUUAUUAUCUGAAUUGAAACAUUUUCGCACAUCACAUGUGUGUUACAGCCAUAAUUGACAAAUAAGUUGCU